GAAAGAGAGGAAAACUGAGAAAGACAGGAAGGGACAGAGAUAGAGGAAGGGAGAGUCACAAACAGAAGGGGGAAGAGAGUGAGAGAGGGGUGAAGAGAGUGAGAGCAGAACAGAGAAUGACAGAGAAACUGCAGGUAUUGGGAAGAGGGUGAUAGACCAGGACUUAAAAUCACUGUGUGGGUGAUGGAAAGCUUGUCAUCUUGUAACUACUAGUCCAGAAAAACGAUUACUUUGAAUUAAACAGUUUAAAAGAGAAUAAAGGGGCACUGAAAGUAAAAUUAUAGGGUUGCCCUUGUAAAUAGUACAAUUGGCAUAUUGUGGAGAGAGGGUACAAUUAGAAUUUAAGAUAGAAAGGCAAAGUUUUGUUGAUGUGUUUUUCUCCUGUGCUGUUGCCCUCUCCCGAGAGUUGACAGAAAGGGAAGUACUAGACAGAAACUGAGAAGCACUGCAGGAUCAAUUGACAUUUUAAUUAGAAGCUGGAAGAGAAAGAACGAAGAGAAGGAGCCAGUGCCCAGAGGAUGUGGCUGCAGCAGCGUUUGAAGGGGUUACCAAUGCUGCUGUCCAGCAGCUGGGCCAGGCGAAUGCUGGCAGGCCUGGGUAUCCUGCUCAUCUUUUACUGGUACCUGGCAUCAGAAGGCGGGUUCAGGCUGUUCCCUGGCUCUGAGGACCCCAGGACAGUGACAGAUGGUUGUCUUCAGGUAGAGACCCAACGAUGGAAGCUAGCUAUAGAAAACAGCAAUGGCCUAAUGAGUCAGAUUGGUGGAGACAGCUCAGGUCAGUUAUCUGGCCCAGCUGUGGUUGGCAAUGGUCAUCUGGUUGUGGACGCUCUCUCCAAUCAGCUUUGGGUGGCAUCAUCUCCUGCCUCAGGUCUCGCUGCCAUUCACCUGACAGACUAUGUGCCACUGGUAGCUCUGAAAUCACUCAGUGUUCGUUCAGUGUCUAGAGCUGCUCUUAUCCACUUCCAGGAGGGUUUGGUUCGGUUGUUCCAGUGUAUACAGGUCGGAUUGUCCCACAAGUCCCGGGAGUGUGUCACUCUUCGUGAAGAUGUGAUCGUGCAUCGGAGCAGGCCCCACCUCAUACUGCAGAGGAUUCACAUCUCCAACCCCAGUGAAAGGGCGACAGUCUUCGAAGUCAACAGCAAGCCGUCCGUUGUUGGAAGCAAAUUCUCCUCCAGUCUGGAGAAACACAAUGACCAGGAAUUUCUUCUCUUAUCGGGGAGAGUUCUGACGGAGAAAAGGGAGACCAUUCUAGUAGUGGUGGCUACCGAAAAAAUGGCAACCAGGCUGCAGUUAGCCGCGAAGUCUGAAUUCACUGAACAUGUAGUGUCAGUGGUUUAUACACUCGAACUAGUGGACUUAACAAAGUUGGAAGAAUCUUUCAGUAAGCUGAGAGAUGUGGCAAAAGCAGAAAUGUCCGAACUGCUGAGGAUGGGAGCAGAAGAACUGUACCGUGAACAUCAGAAGGUGUGGGGUGAUUUAAUAGUCUCAGGUGUGGAGAUGAAGAAGAUCACAGAUUCGCACACCCCUUCCAGCGUGACAGUGAACAGAACACUCUUCUAUGUUCUUUCCAUAUCAGCGGCUCCUCUCCUGGAUCUACGGAGUGGGCCUGAAGAACGAGAGAAGCUGGAGGCCAACCUGAAUUAUGUGGAUCAUUGUUUCAGUGGUCACGCCACGAUGCAUGCAGAGAACCUAUGGCCUGAGCAGAUUUCUGAUGUUGCUCACUUGCUACAGCUGUCCAAUCUUUGGAGACUCACACUGCAGAAACGAGGCUGCAAAAGCUUGGUGGCAGCUGGGUCACACGGUAUGCUCCAAGGGAUGGUGAUGAGUUUUGGUGGCCUCCAGUUUACUGAAAACCACCUACAGUUCCAGGCUGAUCCCUCUGUCCUGCACAACAGCUACUUGCUGCGAGGGAUUCAUUACAACAAGGAUCUCAUCAACUUGGCAGUGUUACUGGAUGAAGAAAACAAGCCUUUUCUCCAUGUCUCCGUCAAACCUCAGGACAAACCGGUCACACUCUAUGGCUGUGAGGCAGGUUGCAUGAAUGACCCGGUGGAACUGACCUCCGAACCUAAAGGUCACACGUUUCCUGUCAUGGUGACACGGCCCAUUACCCCCUUGCUCUAUAUCUCGACUGACCUGACUCACCUGCAGGCACUGCGGCACACACUCCACCUGAAGGCAAUCCUUGCUCACGAGGAUCACAUGGCUGAACAGUACCCUGGCCUCCCCUUCCUCUUCUGGUUCAGUGUGGCAUCACUCAUCACCUUGUUCCAUCUCUUCCUAUUCAAACUCAUCUACAAUGAAUACUGCGGUCCGGGUGCCAAGCCCAUAUUUAGGAGUAAGGACAUCAUAAGAAUUUGAUGAAAUGAUUCUUGUCCCUUUUCAUCAUCAUCUCGUGCGGCUGUUAACAUCUGUAGGUUUAAUGGAUUAGAAGGUGAUGUGGCUAUCAGCAUCGGGUGAGACUGCAUCUACAAACAAAUCCCUUUCCUUUUUUUUAAUAAAUAAAGGGCACUGCAUUAAUUUAUUUGCUUUAAAAAAUGUGAAAUUGAAUUAGACACUGGAUGUUAGACAACCUGCAGCAAAGCUCUUGCUUGUAGCCUUCGUAUGGCUUUAAUUGAUCAUAGCUGACAUUGAACUGGGAUUCCAGACAGAAAUCCACCUGAAAAUCUUCAAUGUUAUCUCCAGUGAAAGUCGCUUCACGUUUUCCAGCAUGAUAUGGGCUGUGCAGUUUCUUGCGAUGAGUGAAAGAAUCAUUUUCUGAAUUGGUCAUUUGACCUUUUCAUUGCUAGAUUCAAAUUUGUCCUUCUGGAGGGAAAACUGUGGGAAAUAGUUCUGAUCAGAAGUGAAUGUUAUGGGGUGAAAUUGCUGGGUGAUUUUCUGUUAACAGUUUGAAAUAAACACCAUCAUUGUGA